AUGCCUUUGAAUAAUCUUCCUGAAUUCUACAGGGCAGAGGGACAGUCAUCUUCAGUGGAAAACAUCGAUAGGGACAUAUUGAGCUGUGGCAUUGAAAAGCUAACUAGUGGAGGUGGAGGUUGCUCUGACUAUUCGGUUAUGGAUUGCUUGAUUGGGAGGAGGAUAGAGAUGGGUGUAUCAUCAAAAAACAGCAAAAAAUCAGUGAAGAUGAUCAAGGAGGCAAAGUUGACAGGCAAUGGUGAUUCUGACCGAGAACAAUCAUCUCGUUGCAGGUCCAUGGAUUGUAAUUCGAGGUCUAGCAGUGAUGACAGUAAUAAGUAA